UCCAAUUAAUCGAUUAGAGAGAAACAAACUCUGCUCCUCAACCCCCAAAACCUAGCUCCCAUCAUCAUCCACUCCUGAUCAAUCGAUCCCUUCUUCUCCGGCGACGGAUACGAUGGACGUUUCGCCGCUUCUUGGUCGCAACAGACGUAACCGCCCACGUUCCUCUCAGCCGCUUCGUGGCGCUGCUUCGAGACUCCUCCGCCGUGCUAGCAACCGCCGGAUGAUGCUCCGGGAGCCCUCCGUUCGAGUCCGUGAGGUUGCCGCUGAGCAGCUUGAGGAACGCCAGAGUCAAUGGGCUUACUCUAAACCCAUUAUUGUUCUCGAUAUACUUUGGAAUUUCGUCUUUGUGAUCGUCUCACUCGCGAUUCUAGGGUUUAGUUCUGGAGAAGAUCCUGAUGUUCCUCUUAGGGUGUGGAUUAUUGGGUAUAAUUUACAGUGUUUGUUCCACGUCGGCUGUGUAAUUGCUGAGUAUAGACGUCGCCUAGAAGCUAAUUCCCCCAGUAGUGGUGGUGAUGAUUCCUCCAAUCACGGAUCUCUCAGCGGAAGUGAUGACGAAUCUGAUGAUGGCUAUGGCAUUCACAACGCUGAUGAUGACCAUGGAACUAGUUUCACCAAGCACCUCGAAUCUGCGAAUACAAUGUUCUCUUUUGUCUGGUGGAUCAUCGGGUUUUACUGGGUCACAGCUGAUACCGAGGCACUAGCUCAAUCUUCGCCUCAACUCUACUGGCUCUGUGUUGCAUUCCUUGCCUUUGAUGUUAUGUUUGUUGUGAUUUGCGUUGCGGUUGCGAGUCUUAUCGGUAUUGCUGUUUGUUGCUGUUUGCCUUGCAUCAUCGCCAUCUUGUACGCAUUAGCAGAUCAGGAAGGUGCACCAGAUGAAGAGAUAGAAAGGCUUUUAAAGUUCAAGUUCCUCACAGUAAAGAAUUCCGAGAAAGUGAAUGGCGAAAUCCGGGAAACUCAAGGAGGGAUAAUGACUGGAUUAGGUGCCGAGUCUCAAACCGAACGUGUGUUAUCUAGCGAAGAUGCUGAAUGCAGCAUUUGUCUAUGUGCAUACGAAGAUGGAGUAGAACUAAGGGAACUUCCUUGUAGACACCACUUCCACAGUUUAUGUGUAGACAAAUGGCUAAGGAUCAACGCCACUUGCCCUCUCUGCAAAUUCAAUAUUCUCAAGAAUGGUGAACCUAGUGGCAGUGAACAAGUGUGAGGAGGAGAAAGAUUUUGCUCUUUAUUCUUUGACCAUUACAUAGAGGAAAGAACAAGAUGGAAGACCUUGAGAUUUGUUUUGAGACGAAGCUACACUACUUGUCUUUUUCGGAUAUAAAUAUAUUUGUAAAUGCAAUAAGUAUAUAUAGUUCGGUUUGAAAAUGUGCUUCAGCGAGUCAGUUGUGAUGUUGAACCGGUUGGGGUUUUAAAAUCAACGGCGUAACCAUGUUAUUACUUCGCUCUGUGUGUGAGCCUAUGAGGUGAUUACGCAAAGCAAAUCAUUAUUUACGUUUUUAGAUGAUUAUUUCCUUUCAAACUUGAGAAAAAAA